AUGGACAUUGUUCCUUCUUUCACUUGGCUUACUCCAUCACAGGUAAACGAUCGACAUCUAGAGUCUGCGGGACAGACUGAGAUCUUCCGAAAGCACCCUCGUAAGGCUUCCAUUCUCAACAUGCCACUGGUGACGACGCUCUUCUACGCCUGCUUCUAUCACUACACGGAGUCCGAGGGGACCUUCAGCAGUCCCAUCAACCUGAAGAAGACAUUCAAGAUCCCAGAUAAGCAGUAUGUGCUAACAGCCUUGGCUGCUCGUGCCAAGCUUCGAGCCUGGAAUGAUGUUGAUGCCCUCUUCACCACAAAGAACUGGUUGGGUUACACCAAGAAGAGAGCACCCAUUGGCUUCCAUCGAGUCGUGGAAAUUUUGCACAAGAACAGUGCCCCUGUCCAGAUACUGCAGGACUAUGUCAAUCUGGUGGAAGAUGUGGACACAAAGCUGAACUUAGCCACGAAGCUCAAGUGCCAUGAUGUUGUUAUUGAUACCUGCCGCGACCUGAGGGACCGCCAGCAGUUGCUUGCCUACAGGAGCAAAGUGGAUAAAGGAUCUGUUGAAGAAGAGAAGAUCGAUGCCAUCCUCAGCAGUUCGCAAAUUCGAUGGAAGAACUGAGUGUCGUUUGCUGUCCUGAAACCUGCCUCACUUCCUACUUUUCUGCCUGUGAAAAUAGAGAGCCCUCUCCUUGGGAGAGUCCUAGCAUUCAGCCUGACACUCGCAGGCAGGGCCUGCUGCUUUGGGGACAGAGACCAGCAUCUGAGCCCAUGAACUUCAGGCUGAUCUGUCCAAGGGAUAUUAUCUAAAGGCCAGUACCUAAGGCUUUGACUCACAGCAGAGCCUCUCUGCACCCGGUGCUUUGGAGAGGUGGGAGCCCAUCCUGGCUAAGAUGUCUUGGUCAGAGAAGUGACUGCCCCAGAAGGACAUCUGAACUAAGAGCUACUGUGUCACAGGGCGGUCAAGACAUUCCCUCUCAGCCGUUAUGACCCAGAACCUGGUGUUAGACAUGGGCAUUUCUGCUCUAAAGGAAGUCAGAACUAAAUGGACUCUUCAAGAGCCUCAGGAAGGAAUACGAGUAUUGCUCAGGACCUGCUGGAAACCAGACUCAAAUUCUCAAGCACAGGGCCACCCAUCUUAUGACAGACGCUUCCUAGACGUGGUAUCUUCAGCCAGUAUCCAUCCACUGCCCCUGUCGACUUUUUGUUCAUAACUUAGGGUCCCACUCUCCCCUGCGCACUGUCUGGGUGGUGCGCCAUCUGCUUCCCCCUGUCCCUUCCUCCGGUCUCGGAUGCAGUCUUACAUGGAAUUCAGAUCCACCGGUGCUGGAGCACGCUUCUUUUAUGCAGACAUCAUUUCACCAGAAGCAGCCACAAGUCUCACCUGAGCUAAUGUGGCAGAACUUCACUCGGCUAUCUCAACAGAGAUUUUGUUCCCCACUUGGCCUGCUGGGGACCUCAGCAGUGUUAGGUUCAGCCCUGUGCCUCCCUGAACUGGAUUUCCCUGACAUGCCUACACUCCGAAUAAAACUGUUGCAAUCUU